UUGAUGACGUUUGUCGUGACUGCUGCUGCACCCACAACAAGCCUGUCACUUCACUCAGUCCCUGGUUAUUACUCUGAGUUUUUAUCAAACCAUCACGACAUCUGGACUCGGUUGAUUCGAUAAAGCACAGCUAUGUGCAGCUGUGUGCGGGGCUCCAGGGCUCUGUCCCCUGUCCUUCUCCCCCGGCUGCUGCUGCCCCACACGGGGUACAGGUCAGCCAGCAGGGGCCUCUGGACUUCCCCCCACUGCAUGACUGUGAGUGGAGACUCCCAGCCGCUGCCCCUGCCCAGCCAGGCCGGGUGGUCUUGUGGAGGAGGCAUUGUGGGAACAUCGGUCGGCAUUCUUGUCUCGGACUUAGACUGGACCGACUCUGUUCUUUUCUCUCCUGACAGACUCGGGGCAGGAACAACGAGACUGUGUGCUGGCAUAGUCAGCGUGGCGAAGCCUAUUUCCAUUGAGUGUCAAAUGGCAAACUACUCCAACAAUCUUUACCAGCAGCUGGAGGAGGAGACUGGAGUGAAAACAGGGUACAUCAAGACGGGUUCUCUGUGUCUGGCCCAAAAUCAGGAUCGCUUUCUCUCUUUGAAACGUCUGGCGUCCAGACUAAGGGUGAUGGGGAUCAGCUGUAACAUCAUUAAGCCUAAAGAGGUGGCUAAACUCCACCCUCUUGUGAACAUCCAUGAUCUGGUGGGGGCGCUCCACCUUCCUGCAGAUGCUGUGGUAUCUCCUCCUGAUGUCAACCACGCCCUGGCUGUGGCUGCUGCUGGACACGGGGUUCAGAUCUUGGACCGAACCAGUGUCCAGCAGGUUCUGGUGGAGAAGGGUCAAGUGAUGGCGGUGGAAACUGACCGUGGCUCCAUCGAGUGUGAAUAUUUUGUCAACUGUGCCGGACAGUGGGCCUACGAGCUGGGCCAGGCGAGUGAGACCAAGGUGUCAGUUCCUCUUCAUGGCUGUGAACACUUCUAUCUCCUCACCAAACCCCUGCAGGGGUCCCUACCGCCCGGCAUGCCAGUGGUCAUCGAUAUGGACGGAAGGAUAUACGUACGGCCAUGGCAGGGAGGCCUUCUGUCCGGGGGCUUUGAGAAGAACCCCAAGCCCAUUUUCACUGAGGGCCGGAACCAGCUGGAGAUCCAGAACAUGCAGGAGGACUGGGACCACUUUGAGCCGAUGCUUAGUGCCUUGCUGAGGAGGAUGCCGGGUCUUGAGUCUGCAGAGAUCCAUCAGCUGGUCAACUGUCCGGAGUCCUUCACCCCUGACAUGCGCUGCCUGAUGGGGGAGACACCGGGCGUCUCUGGCUACUACGUUCUGGCGGGGAUGAACUCUUCUGGCCUGUCCUUCGCUGGUGGAGCUGGCAAGUACUUGGCAGAGUGGAUGACGUAUGGUUAUCCCACCGCUAACGUGUGGCCACUGGACAUUAAACGCUUUGGCAACCUGCAGAGCAGCCGGACCUUCCUGCGUCACAGAGUCAUGGAGGUCAUGCCUCUGCUGUACGAACUGAAGGUUCCUCGAUGGGACUUUCAGACGGGUCGUCAGCUGCGGACCAGCCCUCUGUACGACCGCCUGGACACCCAGGGAGCUCGCUGGAUGGAGAAACAUGGCUUUGAAAGACCAAAGUACUUUGUACCUCCAGGGAAAGACCUGCUGUCUCUGGACCAGAGUAAGACCUUCUACAAGCCUGACUGGUUUGACAUCGUCGGGGCCGAAGUGAAAUGCUGCAAAGAGGCCGUCUGCGUCAUCGACAUGUCCUCCUUCACAAAGUUUGAACUGACUUCCACGCAGGACCAGGCCCUGGACCUGCUACAACAUCUUUGUGCCAACGACCUGGAUGUCCCCGUCGGACACAUCGUCCACACCGGCAUGCUGAAUGAGAGGGGGGGCUAUGAGAACGACUGCAGCGUGGUUCGCGUCAGUAAAAACAGCUUCUUCAUCGUCUCUCCUACAGACCAGCAGGUCCACUGUUGGUCCUGGAUAAAGAAACACAUGCCCAAUGACCCACACCUGCACCUAGAGGACGUCAGCUGGAAGUACACCGGUGAGUUUAAGUCCAGGGUUCUGUGGAGAUGUCGCCCUCUAGUGGCCACUUCACAUUACAGCAAUGCAGCAGAGUCCCCUCAUACUCUCUGUGGCGGUUAUUAG